CACCGCUAUUAUUUAUCCGCCAUUCCUGGAAACAAGCAUUGAAGGGAGGAAGGAAGGAAAGAAAGAAAGAAGGAAAGUAUCCUUGGACAUCUGGUAUGCACAGGGUUUUCUUUGCUACUGUAUUGGUGUUUAUCGUCAUACGAUCCUCAUCUCUUUCCUGCCCUCUUCGUCCUUCCUGCUCCCAGACCGCAGAGUGAGCAGUGAGCAGUGAGCAGGGCUCGCUGGACGUGGCUGCAGGGUUCUGCGGGCGGGAUCCCUGCCACAACCCGUAUCCUGACCGGGAUUCUUGGCCGUUUUAGUGGGCUCGGUUCUUGCUCUUGCUUUUGCCUUUGCCUCACCACGACAUUUCUUGGUCGGAGACUUGGGCUCGCCUACCUUGCAUGCCUUUUCCCUCUCCCUCCCCCUCCCCUUCUCCCUGUCCCUCUCUCAUCCCUCCCAGCCUCGCGUCGCUACAUCUCCACUUCACUGCCGUUGUAACUGCAACUACUGUGCCUAGGCAAGGGCAAGGGCAAGGGCAGGCAGAACUAAGCUAGGCACUUCCUGCCUCUGCCUUGGAGAGAGCUAUAUCCUCGCGCAGAGAGCUUCCCUUUCUCUUUGUUCUCCUCUUCUUUGCAUCUGCACAUCCGCCCCAUUACAACUCACCCCAUCCAACCCAAUUGACUGCUUUGCCCGGUCUUCCGCUGCCAUUGUCUCUCUCUCGCUCGGGACUUUGGAUCGGAUUGGUCGUCAUCAGUUGUAUCCGUAGGGUUGUCCGUCAGACCAUCCACCUCAUUCGUUCAUUGUCGUUCAGCUGUAACAGCUUUGCAUACACCACUCCCUCUAUCCACUCCCUUGCGAUAAUCCGGUUUCCAAGACCUUGGCUACAAUGGAUCCAGCUAAUACUUCAAGACAAGACCCCGAGAAGGCUGUAUAUACUCUCGCCGCUCCCUACACGGAGGCUCAAACUUCCCAACCAAAGUCCUCCAAGAUGUUACGAAUUCGUCAGGCUACCUUCAUGUUACUUGCGGUAGCUAUCAUUGCCUUCGCCGUAGCAUCUACCAAUGGGAAUCCAGGACACCCAAUUGCUCGUGUAUCGAUAUCUUCUGCGGACAGACAACGCUUCCAGGAGCUCUUGAACUCAGUCGACUCUUCAGCUCUCCAUAAUGUGCUUCAUGUCGCAGAGGACAAAUAUCGACAUGGUAUCUUCAAGGAGGAUAGGACCGCAAUGGAGGUAGUUCAUCAGGAGAACGCAGAGGUUGCCAUAAGCUUGGUGGAGUUGGCGAAGAGACAGGCUGGAAGCAAUACAACUACAACCACGGAGACAACGUCGAAUAGUGUGGCGGAGCCUACUACUACACCAAGUACGACUAGUUCACCCCCGACUGUUGUUCCCACGACCUCAGAGACAAGUCAGCCUCCUCCUCCUCCUCCAACUACUUCGCCAAGAACAACUCCUCCUGCAGUUGAUCCAACCCCCACUACAUCUGACACCCCGACGACACCACCCAGUGCUCAACCCACGACCCAACCCACGGCUUCGACUACACAACAGCCAACCACAGGUGUUCCAACCACAGCAGCUCCUCCGCCGUCAACAUCGGCAGGUCAGUCAACAAAUGUUCGACCAUCAUCUACUCUAACUACGGACGCCAGCACAGACGACACCCCAACAACCACUUCGGCACGCUCGGUUACUCAGCAAACCAUCUACACGACUACCUUGGCCAACGGCGCAGUCGAAACUGUCACCCGAGUUACGGUUGUAGCAGGACAGGCAGAUCAGACAGAUGGGUCACCGGCUAGAACCAGCACUGCCAAGGGAAGCCUCCAGACGAAUGGAGCCUCAAUCAAGACUUUGGGAAUGAGCGGUCUUGUAGGAGCACUGGGUAUGGUGGUCGCCGGUGCUUUAUAAUCGACGAACAGUCAGCGAAUUGCGGUCAAGCAUAGGGAGGGUUGGUUGCAUAUUUGAAUUUACAGGCAUUGAUUGGUGCAUUUGCAUAGCGUGGCGUACUGGGGACCGGAAAAUACUAACUAACGACUCUCCUUAAUCACGACGAAAUAUGAGUUUUACGGCCUGUGCUUUAGAAGAGUUUGUCAGUACAUGGCGCAGACGAAUUUUCUAGGCUCGGGGUCGAUUAGACUGGGUGAUAGAUGGCUGUACUGGCUGGACGAUGGUUGGAUACACCACAUGGAGUUGAAUGUCCUGCAGGGCUGGUAUAGUUGGUGGAGGUGGUAAUGAGGAAUGUAUGAUACUGUCCUUAAAGGGGCUCAAGAGUCUGACGACUUGGUACACAUGGUCCUCCCAGACAUAAGGGAGGGAUGAAAUGGAUAGAGAAAUAAAAAUCCAUC